UGCAAAUUAAAGCAUGAAUUUUAUUUUUUUUUUGAUCAAUCAUUUUAUAAGGAAUUAAGUGUUUGUUUGUUUUUCUUCAAAAAAUUUUCAAUCAGAAGGACAUAUAUACCGAGUAAUAUGAAAUGAAUAGAAGGCAAAUAUAAUUAACAUACUGUUUGAUUUUUUAAAAAAAAAUAUAUAUAUCUAUCUGAUUAUUUUCACAUUUUUAUUUCCUAACCCUAACAUCAUGCCUUUUCGUCGACAUGCUUAUGAUUUUAUGCUGGAUGAUGGAUUAGACACACGUAUACCUGUGUAUAGUGAUGAAGUGUUUAAACAAGGCAUACAUUUCUGUGCAAAGUUUGUUGGUGGUAUGGAUAUACCAAGACCUCAGAAUCGUCUUGAAAUCGUGUCUUCAAUGAGAAGAAUUCGAUAUGAAUUCAAAGAAAAAGGUAUCAAGAAACAAAAAGUUCUAAUCAAAAUUUCCGCUGAUGGAGUUUUUGUUUAUUUAAGAAAAAAGCCAAAAUUUGGAAUUCGAUGGCCAGUAUCACGAACAUUUAUUUCAUCUUCACAAAUUCCCGGUAAUCGAGUAUUCAGUGAAAUUUUAACUACUACUGAUACAACAUCAGUGAAAGAGUCAAACGGUGUAACUGGAGAGUAUGAUGCCAUUUCAGCAGCUGGUAGUGGAUUACUUGGUUUAGGAUUAAGAGAUACGUCUAUGCUUGACUGUAUACAUCAAUCAAAUCUUUUAUUAUAUCAUCCGAUUUACAGAAUUUUCUAUGUAUCACAUGACUCACAAGAUUUGAAAAUAUUCAGUUAUAUAGCAAGAGAUAGUAGAACAAGCGUCUUUAGAUGCAAUGUAUUUAAGGCUUACAAAAAAUUACAAGCUAUGCGAAUUGUUCGAACAGUUGGUCAAGCAUUUGAUGUAUGUCAUCGAAUAGCUUUGCAAAAACAAGAACAACAAUUAGAAACAACUGAAGACAAUAAUAACGCUAAUGUUAAUAAUAAUAAUAAUAAUGAUAUUGAUGUAAAUGGUGAUUCGGAUCAAGAGAAACUAGAAACAUCGGAUAAAAAAUCCACAAAUACUACUGUUCAUACUACUACUAAUACUACUACUACUACUGCGAACAGUAAUAAACUAGAUGAAUCCAAUAAAUCAACAAAACAUAAUGGUGAUAUAAAUAAACAUAAAACUAAAUCAAAACACAAGUUAAAACAAGAUAAAACAAGUAAACCGGUGAAAUCGGUUAGUGCAAAGAAAAAUGCACGUAAUUCCACAUCACAAUCACGAAAAAUGGAAAAACAUAGAGAGAAGAAAAACACACACCAUGACGAAGAUGAUGAUGAUGAUGACGAUGACGAGGAUGAUGUUGAUGAGGAUGAUGUUGGGGAUGAUGUUGAAAAAGUCAAUAAAAAAGAGGAUGAAUUAAAAAAAUCCCAUAAACAUCAUAAAACAAAUGAUUUAAACAAAACCGACAAUACAUUGGUUGAUAUAGAACCAGUGGAAUUGAUCAAUGAAUCCAUUGAAUUGAUCGAUAUUGAUCAUGAAGUAGGCAAACCUUUGAAUAGUUCUGUACAAAAUAAAACUAGUCAACAAGAGAAAACUGGUCAUAAAGUAAAAUCCUCAAGAAAAAAACGUACAUCAAGAUAUUCCAGUGGUUCGGAAACUGACUCAUCCCCAUGUGUUCAUAGUCAUUCACGAGAACAUUCUGAAAUGUCAAAAUCUUCUAGGCGAACGGUAACAUCUAAUUCAUCUGUGCCUAGUCGUAUCUUAUCAGAUCAUUCUACAUCACAUCAUGAUUCACUUAGUUCAGUAUGUUCUGGUGAGAAAAUACGUGUUCGUCAUAGACGUGAACAUUGUAAUAAACAUCAUAAACAGCCAACUUCGAAUACACGUAAAAGUACUAAAUUAAAAACAAGUAUAACAACUCGUGAUUUAGUUUGGAUGUUACAAACCGGUGAAGAUAGAAAUGAGAAAACUGAUUUAUUUACACAAGAAUUAGUAUCAUUAUUUGCUGGUAAUACAGCUGCUUCCACAUCGUUACUGUUAGAACAAGGAAGACGAAUGCAUCAGAGUAGAUCAUUAGAUACAAAUGUUGCUAGAGAUUUGCUCAAUGAAAGUUCAUUACAAAGUCCAAAUAAUUUGUCCAACACCCUGUUGACUGACAAUACAUUUCCUGAAACAUUAUCCACUGAACAUAAAUCACUUGGUACAGUAUUCUCUGAAAUGACCAAUCUGAAUAGUCUUUGUCAAUAUCAAUCAAAUAAAUCGUUACUGCCUAAUUCCUCUGUGGAUACCAGUUUGCAUCAGCAUUGUAUUAAACAAUUAGUACGUCAAAAUUGGGAUUUACGUACAUGGUUAAAUCAAAUGUCUGAUCGUUUAGAACGUUUAGAAUUAUUGACAUCGAAUAAAAUGGACCAGGAGAAAUCGUGUAUUGAAUCGAUGAAUGCAAACAAUGUUAAAAAUACUCAUGUAAAUAUUAUGUCAAUGAAUCAAAAUAAUAAAUUAUUUUCUACUGGACAAGAUAAAUAUCAUUCAGAUGGACGUUUAUUGCCUAAUUCAGCUUCGUUCAGUGUUCAAUCCGGUAACAAAUCCAUAAUCGAUCAAAAUGUCCUAUCUUCAUUGUCUUUUUCCGGGUGGAAUAAACCAGCCAAUUUGAAUAAUGAAACAAGCUACAAAACUUGCAACAACUCUAACCCGUUUCGAAUGCCUCGAUCGAUAUCCGCUUUAACUGGUACAAUAGAAGAAAUGAAUACAACACUGAGACCUUCAAUGAAUACAUCAUAUUCAACAUAUGCAUCCAAUAAAUCAAGUCUUCCAAUAUCUUCAAUAAAUGAUUAUUCUAAGAUAUUAAAUUCAAAUAAUCCGCAUAAUGAUUAUAAAGAAAUUUGUAAUAUAGAAAAUGAUGAAUUCUUACAAUUAGCUAAUAGAAAAGAGGUAACUGAGUCCCAAGACAAGUCUAAAACACUAAAACAUUCUUGGUCGAUGAAAGGUGGCAGCAAUCUUAGUGUUCAAGAUCAAAUAUUUGGUGUAACAGGUUUACCACGUUCAAUCAGUGCAGUAAAUAGUCCAUUAGAAGCUAUGACUUCUGAAACAACAGUUCCAAGUAGCCAGUUUAUGGAUCAAACAUCUUUACAAAAUAAUUUUUUCCAGCCAAUAAAUCAACCUACAAACUGUACACAAACACAUCAACAAAAUUCUAAUGGAAGUGAACCCCAACUGAAGGAUACCAUUUCAGUCACAAAUGAGCGAAAUAACUCUUCUUCAUCUCUUCUUAAAUUGUUACCACAACCUCCAAAACGUAUAAGUAAUGGUACCACUCAAGCAGAUCACAAAAUGAAUCAUCAUGAACAAAUAUCUAGUAAAUCCACAUUAGGAAGUAGUGAAUUUGCAGAACAUAACACUUCGAAUGAACUUUCGAAACUAACAGGCAUAGAAAAAUCCAGUGAAAUUGGAGAAUUCAAAAAUACCAACACAUAUUUACCAACUGAUUCGAGUACUACAAAUCAACAACAACUUAAACCAUCAUCAUUAAGAAUUUUAUUUAAAAUGAACAGUGAUAAUCAAAUUAAUCAUAACAAACAAAUCAAUGAUCAAUAUGAAGAACAUACAUUGCAGUCAAUAGAUUUAUUUGAUUCUUUUACAAAAUCAUUUAAUUCUGAAGAGAAUUUUAUUUCAUCCACAGAUGAUGAUGAUGAUGAUGAUGAUGAAUGUACGCCGUCGAAAUUAAAUAAAACAUUAUUAAAAAAAUCCACUUCUGUACGUAAUAACAAUCUUUAUUCAUUACCACCAAUUAAAAAUGUCACAUCAACUAUAAAUAAAGAUAAACUAUACAUGUAUAUUAAACGUAGUUUUAAACAAACUAAAUAA